AUGGCUGAAUCGUUUUUGUUUAGCAUUGCUGAUAAUGUUGUGGGGAAGAUUGGCUCUAUUACUCUCCAUGAAAUUGGCUUGGCAUGGGGCGUCAAGACUGAACUGACAAAGCUGGAAGCCACCUUAACCACUAUCAAAUCCGUCCUCCUGGAUGCUGAGGAGAAGCAGUGGAAGGAUCAACAGCUACGUGAUUGGUUGGGAAAGCUCAAGCAUGUGUGCUAUGAUGUGGAAGAUGUGCUCGAUGAAUUUCAGUACCAAGCUUUGCAGCGCCAAGUGGUGAGUCAUGGCAGCCUUAAAACAAAGGUACUUGGCUUCUUUUCAUCUUCAAAUCCGCUUCGAUUUAGCUUUAAAAUGGGCCAUAGAAUCAAGGAGGUGAGGGAGAGGUUGGAUGGCAUUGCAGCAGAUAGGGCUCAAUUCAAUCUACAGACUUGUAUGGAGAGGGCUCCUCUGGUGUACAGGGAGACCACCCACUCAUUUGUGCUUGAUCGCGAUGUUUUCGGAAGAGGUAAGGAUAAAGAAAAAGUUUUAGAGCUUUUGAUGAAUUCAAGUGAUGAUGAUGAGAGUAUUUCAGUCAUUCCCAUAGUUGGUCUUGGAGGUCUUGGAAAGACUACUCUUGCUAAACUAGUGUAUAAUGAUCAGUGGGUAGUUGGGCAUUUUAAGAAAAGAAUAUGGGUUUGUGUCUCCAAUGACUUUGAUAUGAAAAAGGUGAUUAUAGAUAUUAUUAAUUCAAUCAACACUACUGUGGAAGGGGGGAGUGGUCUUGGUUUGCCAAACCACAAUGAUUUGAAUAUGGAGCAAUCACAAACUCUUCUUCGUAGGACUUUAGGAAAUGAAAUUUUUUUUCUUGUCUUGGAUGAUAUGUGGAAUGGGGACCGCCAAAAAUGGAUUGAACUCAGAACUUUUUUAAUGAAUGGUGCAAAGGGCAAUAAAAUUGUUGUAACAACGCGGGACGACUCAGUGGCUUCGAUCAUGGGCACUGUUCCAGCAUAUAUUUUAGAGGGUCUUCCCCAUGUCGAUUGUCUGUCUGUGUUUCUAAAAUGGGCAUUUAAUGAAGGGCAGGAGAAAAAACAUCCAAACCUUGUAAAAAUUGGGGACGACAUUGUAAAGAAGUGUAAUGGAGUUCCUUUGGCGGCAAGGACUUUGGGGAGCCUACUUUUCUCAAAAUUUGAGCAAAGGGAUUGGUUAUAUGUGAGAGACAAUGACAUAUGGAAAUUAGAACAAAAGGAAGGGUCAUGUGUUUUGUAA